CAGUGAGAGACGAAGGUGGAGCUCGAGCUCCAUCGAGUCCAUGCGCACUGGACAGGAAUUGAGGGGAACGAAGGAACGCGGAGCGGAAUAAAGCGGAUUAUAGACGAGUGUAGAGUUAUAGAGUAUAGAGUGUAGAGCGCGACACCGCGGUAAAGUACAGUAAAGUACAGUAGUACACCGACUCACUCACUCGGGUGCAGCGCACUGUAGCCUGUAGGCUGCGCCUGGCUGGGACCUGGGUAGGUGGGUGGGGACACUCGGAGUUCACCUGCACACCCCGCCGAGGGAAAAAAGAAAAGGACACAAGGAACUCACCUGUUGUGUUGGACACGUGGACACGUGGACAGGUCUUGGGGACAGAAGACGACAUCAUGAAACUCCUCCACGUCCUGCUGCUGUCCCUCGUGGCUCCCCUGUCCUGUCUCCCAGGGGCGCGGGGCUCCAACAGCACCCCGAAUGGCUGCGGCUCCUCGGUCGACUCCCUCUACUUCAACCUGUGCGACCUGAGUGCCGUGUGGGGCGUCGUGGUGGAGGCGUUCGCGGCGGCGGGUGUCGUCACCUCCCUGCUCAUGCUGAUCGUCCUGUUGGCCAGUUUACCGUUCGCCACCGACGGCGGCCGCAGGAGCUCGGUGGGACUGCAGGCCGGCUUCCUCGUAUCCACCCUGGGCCUUUUUGCCCUGACCUUCGCCUUUAUCGUGGGCCGGGACUUCGCCACCUGCGCAUCACGUCGCUUCCUCUUCGGCGUGCUGUUCGCCGGCUGCUUCGCAUGCCUGCUGAUGCAGGGCGUGCGGCUGGGCGCUCUGUCUCGCCUCGGCCGCGGGCCCUGGGGCUGGGCGCUGUGCCUGGGGGCGCUGGCGCUGUGGCUGGUGGAGGUGAUCAUCAACACGGAGUGGCUGGUGAUCACGGUGGCGCGGUCGCCGCCGAACGGCACCGCCGCCGUGCCCGUCCCGUGCCGCAUCGCCAACCAGGACUUUGCGAUGGCGCUCAUCUACGUCAUGGUGCUGCUGCUGGGAGCGCUGGCGGCCUCCGUUCCCGGGCUGACGGGCAGCCGCCGGGAGUGGCGCAAGGGGGCGGCCUUCGUCCUGGUCGCCUGCUUGUUCUCCGUGGGCAUCUGGGUGGCGUGGAUCGUCAUGUACGUCUACGGGAACCGGGAGAGAGGGAGCCCCGCUUGGGAUGACCCCACGCUGGCCAUUGCCUUGGUGUCCAACGCUUGGGUGUUCCUCAUCCUUCACGCCAUCCCCGAAGUGUGCUCGCUCACCGAAGAGAGCAAGGCGCAGCCUGUCUACGGGGAAGACCUGUACCCCACCAGGGGCGUGGGCUACGAGACCAUCCUGAAGGAGCAGGGCUCACAGAGCAUGUUCAUGGAGAACAAGGCUUUCUCUAUGGAUGAGCCCAAUGCAGGCCACAACAAGCCGGUGUCCCCCUACAGUGGCUACAAUGGACAGCUGCGCAGCUCCGUGUACCAACCCACCGAGCUGGCCCUGAUCACCAAGGGUGGCGGGAACAUGGAGCCUCUGUCCUACGAAACGGUGAUCCCCCGGGCCAGCGCCGCCUCGCCCGCGUCCAGCAGCAGCAGCGCCUCCACCAGCGCCGCCGGGGAGACGGCCCACGGGGUGUCGCAGCCGAGCAGCGGUAAUGGCGUUUAUAGGAAGUGGUGAACCCCCACCCCCCCGGCCCCCGUUCCUCAUACCUUCUCGUCUUUUUUCGGCUCAAUUUUUCUUUUUUUUUUAAACCCUGUUUUAACCCGGAGAGGCCGGUGGAAGCGCUGUAAAAACGGGUUCUCUGUCGGAAGAGCAUUUCUACCUUUUUGUCCCCCGGCCCCUCUCUACCAGCCGACGCCAGCCCUGCACCCCCCACCCCAUCCCCACCCCUGAGCAGCACCGGUGAGAACCAGCCCUGGUAUGUGCUGUUGUCACAGUGGUCAAUAGUGCAUAAACACCAAGCCUGCAGUUUGUGUGUGUGUGUGUGUGUGUGUGUGUGUGUGGCGGGGGGGACACCAGGGCAGGGCCCAUGUAGAUCUGUGUGUCACCUGCCUCUUUGCUCUGAGUCUGACCCUCUCGUCCCCAAACACACAAGUGUUCACAAACAAGCACC